AUGUUUUUAUCAGACGCAGUUAAGUUUUUGGGUGUUACUAUUGUUAGUCAAAGCGAUGAAACAGGUUCAAGUGAUGGAGGAAUUUAUGUUAAUUCCAUAAUGAAAGGAGGUGCAGUUGCACUAGAUGGUCGUAUUGAACCAGGCGAUGUGAUUCUUCAAGUAAAUGAUAUUAGUUUUGAAGGACUAUCAAAUGAUGAUGCUACUAAAGUUCUACGUGAAGCUGUCAAAAAGCUUGGACUAAUUACAUUCUUUGUAGUUAAAUGUCGGGAUCCAACUCUACGAGGUUAUUUUACAUUACCUCAUCAUGAACAAGUACGUCUUGUUGAUCCAUUAUCAUGGCCUGCACAUACACAAGCUGUACAAAAUGCAUAUAAUAAUCCUCAACAACAAAUCUUACUUCAUCAUCGACAAUUGUUACUUAAUCCAACAACAAAUAUGAGUUCAACCUUAUCAAGUACAAAUAAUAUAAUGGCUGAUAAUGAAUGUUUUGGUCUUGAUUUUAAUUUAAUAAUUAAUUCUGAUAUGGAUGGUAUUGUACGAGCUAUGGCUGAACCUGAUUGA